AUGCUAAGUCUAUUUAUUCUACUGCACUUGGGUGUUCGCAUCGCACAUGGCUAUCCUAGCCCUGCACACCAGCAAAGUGCCAGAACCGCACCGUCGCUAUUCCUCAAGACUCUCAGUGAAAGCAAUGAAACCGUUUUUACUCCUUAUAAAUCCCUUGAUUAUGGACGGUGGAAACCUGACAGCACUGUCUAUAACGGUGUUUCUAUGGUUGAGAAGCAUGCCGUUGUUGAUGGCAAAAACUUGACAUACCAGGACUUUGAUAUACCUGCACUCACAACAGAGCAGAUUAGGAAGUAUCUGAUGUCGACUCCAGAGUUUUUCAAUAGCGAUGGGAAACUAUCUUACACGCUUGAAGACGUUGAGAAAUACAGGCAUUCCCUAAUGUCAGCGGACCAUAAUAUGACUAUUGCUGUACCCAGUCGUUAUGCCAAAAGAAUCUUACCCCACACCACGGAUGUUGAGUGUGAGUUUGGCAGCAGUUCAUUCUGUAUACCGGAAUGCAGGAGAAGCUCGUCUAGGGCUGUUAUUCAGUCGACAAACCCGAACGUCUAUGGGGACUAUCAUUACGAAAGCGGCGCUUUGUGUGGCACAGGCUCUAUAUCAAAGAGCGUCUCCGUUACUGACGCGUCAGGGGUCAACAUUGGGGGCAGUGACAAUAUUCCCGGGUUGGGGAAAGGAUGGACGGGCGCACUAACAAAGUUUCUAAGCACCUUCGGGCUAUCAACUUCUCACAAUGCAAACACCGUCACAACCACUAUUUCCUAUUCCGGCACUUGUGGGCCACAUAAUGUCUGCUUUCUCUGGGAGAGACCCCAUUUUACCGUUGACAAAGGAGUCAUUAUUACUCAGGAGUUUGAUAUCGCCACCAAUAAGGCUUGCGGCUCUCCAACUGUGACGCCGUUUGAGGCCCAUAUAAUGCAUCAGGAUAGCGAUGCUGGAGGCGCUGGUAUGUACCUCUCCAUCUCAUCAGUUCCUAUGUUCUAUUUCACCUGCUUUGUCUUCCCUGCUCUGCUACAUCAUUAA